AUGGAGCUGGUUCUGCUGGGGCACGAUCUUGCCGCGAGCUUGCACGCUUACGUGCUGCCCAUCUCAGCCAUCGUCCUUUGUCUCUACCCUCCAAUCCUUUUCCUUCGCAUGCUUACCGCUGGCUUGGUUCGCACUGCUGAACCCAACACUGCUUCUCAGAUGCUUGAUCGAGAAUCUGCAUAUGUGACUAGUCGUGGUGGCGCAUGGACGGUGUGCGCUGCAGUUAUGGCACUUGUUCCCUUGCUAUUGGUGUUUCCAGGCAGCCUGGGAUUCUCCGCAGGGUCUGUGCUACCGCAUCGAGAUGCUACACAGAUUCUGCUGGCAGGUGCAGCUUCGAAUGCUGGCUCCAACCCGGACUAUCCGAAGAGCUUCCCCGGCUCCGUCUUCGGAUCCUUGGGUUGUUUGAUCGGUGUGACCAUGGUGUCAGUGGCGGCGAGAUCCUUGCUGCAAACAGUUGCAAGGGCUCGGGCUGAGCGGACGGAGCGAAAGCUCGGCAAAUCGAAGUUGAUCAGGAACCCCAGUGGUGUUCUCCGGCGCUGUUCCACGAGACAGUGGGAGGGCGGCCACAGCAAUGAGCAGUCCUCGGAACAAGAGAAUGUCCCGAUCUGGGACGCCCCUCACACGACCACGUCUUACUGGCAUGAAACCGAGUUGUUUGUGCAAGAUUGGUUGGAUGAGGACACAGGACUCUUUCGGUACGUCAACGAGAUGCCGCAGGGAUCCUUGCAGAAGUUCGAGCUCCAGACCACCCUCGAGAACAACAUUCUUUGUGAGGACACAGAAGGAUCCAGGAGGUUGCGAGCCUUCGGGAGACCGGUUCCUUUCAACUACGGAUGCUUCCCACAAACAUACCGUGAUCCAACAGACCACGACGAACUCCAUGAUGCUCCUGGUGAUGAUGACCCCUUGGAUGUGGUUGAUGUCAGCCAGACACCUUCCGGUGUUGGGGAUGUGAUCAUCUGCAGACCGCUUGGAGCAGUGUGUCUCAUUGAUGAAGGCCAAGCCGACUGGAAGAUCCUCGUUGUAAACACUCAGAGUGACAGUCCCGUCGCAACAGCUCGAAGCACUGCAGAGGUGGAAUCUCUUCUGCCAGGUCGCAUUCAAGAAAUUCUCAAAUGGAUGGAUGAUUUCAAAAAGCACAGCUCGAACGGGCGCACGAAGCUUCACUCCGAAGUACAUGGUGCCGAUGUUGCUAGAGCUCUCAUCAGAAAGGAUCACAUAGCCUGGAGACGCUUGGUCUCGAGUGCUGAUGAAAAAACUGGGUAUGCCCGCGGGCAUUGGAUUAGCAAGCCGAGGAAGGCAAUGCCAGAAGUUUUGCAGGUUUCGUGGCAGAUGUCCCACGCAGCCUCCCAGCUGACGGGGGCCACCCAACCACAUGUCUCGACUUACACGGAAGCAACACAAGCUUUGAGGCGGCAAUCAACCGCCAGCAGCAGCGACGGAGAUACAUCUUCGGACAGGAGCCCGUAA